AAGAAAGAAAGAAAGAAAGAAAAGACCGAAAACAAAGUAUCACGGGUUUCUCUUUCUUCAGUGAUGACGGCUGUUGCCAAGGCACUCGCGAUGAACAGCAACCACGAAUCGGGAACCGAAACGGGCACUGAACACAGCCCAUCCCGCUUCACAGCUGUCAAUGGCAAGGACUCGAUGCUACCGGGAGCCAAUGCGAUGAAUCUAUCUAGUAGUGCUGCCGGCAAUGGACGCGCGCAACAGGAUCAUUCGGAACAAAGUAUCGCGGAAGCGACCGGCCGACCAGAGGAUCGCCCGAAAGAACGAGAUGAUCUGACCAACGACCUGGAUGAGCAAUUGUCACAGAGAUCUUCCUCUCAAGAGAUCUCUCCCCACGGCAAUAAGAAUAAGCGGAAGAGGUCGGAGUCUGGGGAACAGCCAGAAUCUGUCCCCAAUCCCGAGCCGGGCUUUGGCGCUUCAAGAAGCCCAGCUCGCCGCCCCAGUGACCAGAUCCAUACACCCUCUCAUCCGAAUCGUGGCCUGUCGGGGUCAGGCUCUGAAUUGGAGCGAGGCAAUGCAUCCGUUCCACCGAACCCUCGGCCGGAUGGGACCUCACAGGCAUCAUCAUCAAACGGCCCAUGGCCUGAGUAUGAGUCUCCAUUAAUGAACCAGGCGCGGGCCCCGCAAAUCGAUACGUCUGAUGCACAGCUUGCCGACGCUCUGCAACGGGAGGCACAAGGUCAAGAGCCCGCGCAAAGAAAUCCGAGUGCCUCUCGUCUAUCGCCGGGGUCCACUCCGGGGGCUCAUCCAGCACCCGCUACUUAUCCUCCAGACCGCUCUGCAGCGGUGCAGGUGGCUCCAAAGAGGAAGCGCGUAUUCAGCAACAGGACCAAAACAGGCUGUAUGACUUGUCGUCGCAGAAAGAAGAAAUGUGAUGAGCAGCACCCUGCAUGCAAUAAUUGCAUCCGCGGCGGGUUCUUAUGUGAGGGAUACUCAUCACGAAGUACUUGGCAAAAGCCGUCGGGUACAAAAACGCCCGUUCCAUUACAAUCCAAGGAGGGCUAUCCAGAGAUCAGCGGUCAUUACAUCCAAGAACCCACCCAACACCAUGACCGGCAGCCUAUCUUAACAGAGCAUGUCGACGCAGGGAAAGUGAGGCCUCUUGUCGUCGACGACAGUGACCGUUCUACUCAACAAUAUAAUACUAGCCCAACGGCCGCGGUAUCUAAUCACGGGUCCUGGUCGAAACGAGCCUGGCCUAGCACUGGUCACACUACGUAUGUCUCGGACCACAUAGCUAAACCCGACUAUCGAGAAGUUCCACCUAUCCAUGAACUAUCGCGUGAAGGACAUCCCAAACCCGAUUACCCGGUGGUUCCACCUAUCCGGGAGCUCUCCCAUGGGCCUCAUCCUAAAUCCACCAUGGCUCUCUUUCAAGCUGGGGUCGAGCCACGGCCACUUCCCGCACCGGCAAUGGACACCAGUACUCCCCAGGCACAAGCUCGGAUGGCACUCAACAUUGAACACCAACUUUCCGGUCGUGCAGUCCCCGGCGAAGAAAGCGAGAAGGAAAAGAUGAUCCGGGGCGAGCUCUAUCGACCGUUUGACAUUCAAUUGGUGGAAGAAAGGGAUCGGUGUAAAGGUGCCUUGUGGAGGUUCAACAAUGCCUGCAAUCCGCUGUCUGGUGUGAGUUCGAAGGAACAGAAUCGGCUGCUCAAGGAGAUCCUGGUCCCCCCGUCGGGUUCUGUGGUCAAUUCGCCAUCCGGGGUUGCUGUGCCUCGUUCAGUCGGUUCCAUCGGGCAAGGGGCGGUCGUCGAGGCGCCCUUCAAUUGCCACUACGGAUACAACAUCCAUGUUGGAGAAGAUGUGAUGAUUUCGGAGAAUUGCCUAUUCGUCGACGACUGUCUCAUCAGCAUCGGCGCUCAUACUUGGAUCGGGCCCAACGUCACAGUGCUCAGCUCGAUGGCACAUGCUAAUAUGCAAGAACGCAAGGGCUCGCAAAGUCGGUAUCAAGGUCGGCCCGUCACUAUUGAAGAAGACUGUUAUGUCGGUGCGGGAUGCACCAUCUAUCCUGGAGUCCGCCUUCGCCGGGGGGCCUAUGUCGCCCCCGGAGAGGUAGUCAAAUCGGACAUCGUGGCAUACGGGUUUCAAGGGUUGAAGCCAAGUUAUAUGUGA